GGAGAUAAAUUGGUUGUCAUUCCACAUCACACCCUUUAACGACACAUGCCAAUGAGAAUCCAUAAUUCAUGAAACUGAUCCCUGUAUAUAGCGUUGUUGUUUUUGGCAGCCCUUUAAAUUUUCGUCUUUGACAAUAAUACUGUACAUAUUAGUCUUAGAUAUAUUUUAAUCACUCAACAUGUGUUUUUCUUCAUCUAGUUUUAGUCAAGGAAAACAGUUUUUAGUUUUUGUUGACGAAAACUCAGGACUAAUUUCGUCUAGUUUUAGUCAACGUUUACUAAAAAUGUUUUUGCCUGUAAAAUUUUUAAAAAAUGCUCCAAAAGUUAAUAAAUAAAUACAGAUAUGUUUCCAACUAUUUUGAAUGAACAUCGACAGACGAGCACAUAUUUUAGGGUCUACAAGGACAACAACAACUUCCUGAAAAUAUACACUCAGCAGGAAAACAGUAAAUUACAGUGCCCUUCAUAAUUAUUGGCACCCCUGAAAAAAAUGAAAGAUGUUUUUUAGCUUCUAAUUCAAAUAAUAUGGGACCUUAAUGGAAAAAAAGAGAAAAAUCCAACCUUCAAUACAAGUGCAUUCAUUCAGUGGGGAAAAAAUCCCACAUAAAGAAAAAAAUAUUUGACAUCAAAUAAUGUGUGUCACAAUUAUUAGCACCCCUGGUGUUAAUACUUUGUACAACCCCCUUUUGCCAACAAAACAAGGUCUGGAGACUGAGAUGGCCAAGGGAGGAGCUUGAUUUUGUGUCUGGUGAACCAUUUCUUUGUAGAUUUGGCCAUAUGUUUAGGGUCAUUGUCUUGCUGAAAGACCCAGUGACGACCCAUCUUCAGCUUUCGGGCAGAGGGCAACAGAUUUUGAUUUAAAAUGUCCUGGUAUUUCAAAGCAUUCAUGCCAUGCACCCUAACAAGGUUCCCAGGGCCUUUGGAAGCGAAACAGCCCCACAGCAUCAUUGACCCAUCCCCAUACUUCACAGUGGGUAUGAGGUGCUUUUCAGCAUGCAAAUCUUUCGUGGCACGCCAGACCCACUUGGUGUUUGUUGCCAAAAAGCUCAAUCUUGGUCUCACACAAAAAUACACACGGUCCCAGGCUUCAACUGGUGACCGUGAAGUUAUUUGAUGUCAAAUAAUUUUUUUCUUUAUGUGGGAUUUUUUUCCCCACGGAAUGAAUGCACUUGUAUUGAAGGUUGGAUUUUUCUCUUAUUUUCCAUUAAGGUCCCAUAUUAUUUGAAUUUUAGAAAAUUAUUAGAAGCUAAAAACACAUCUUUUUCAGGGGUGCCAAUAAUUAUGGAGCGCACUGUAUUUUCAAUUAAUUAUACCCAAACCUUACCAUGUGUGCAAGCCUGGAGACUGGCGAAGGACACUGGCGAGUCGGGGUGAAGCGUUGGGGCAGCACGUCACAUGAGUGGCACAACCAGACACUGCUGCAAUACAGGCCAACUACACAUAAAAUCUCAAACAUUGUGAACGUUUGAUUGAAACUCUCAUUUCUGUCUCGUUUUUGUCACAUUAUGUUUUAGUCUUGUAAAACAUGUUUUUAGCUUGUUAUCAUCUCGUCAUCGUUACGAAAAAAGUGUUUGUAGACAAAAACAACACUGGAAUAUACUAGUAGCCCAAGACACGACCUGAUAAGUACAAUAUCUAAAAAAAUUUAAAAACAUUUCUCUUCACACAUUCAUCACUGUCUUCUUCACGCAGGUAUGAUGGCGUUCCUACGGCAAAUGCGCACCCCUCUGCUCUCUUUAAUCCAAACAGUUGCGUCUCUCUGCUUGGCUGCCAUGGUGCUCACUUCCUCCUACUGGUGCGUGGGUAAACAGAAGGUACCCAAGCCCCUCUGUUCGCCCGUCAAACAUAGCAAAUGUAUCCCAGUGCCCGGGGUGUCCAACUCGUCCAGCAUUCAGUUCUCUUGGGAGACAGGAGACGACCGCUUCGUCUUCCCAGUCUUUCACACGGGACUGUUUAUCACUUGCGAGGAGAACAUCUACACAGAUGCAUGGGAGGAAAAGUGUCGAGGGUUCUACACUUUGACUCCAGGAUCUGAAAAAGCAAUGAUGUGGUUGUCGCUGUCCUUGGAGCUCAUGUACGUGGGUCUGCUGUUGAUCAGCUGCAUACUACUGUCUGUGCAGUUGUGCAUCAGGGCCUGGUUUCCUAAAACACAGCACUGGGGUCAGCUCCUUAAUGCGUUUGCGGCUGUCUUCACUGUCCUGGGAGGUCUUCUUGGAAUGGUGGGGCACAUGAUGUUCAUGCAGGUGUUUCAGACGACAGUGUCCAUGGGCCCGGAGGACUUCAAGCCUCAUAGUUAUGGUUAUUCUUGGGCGUUUUAUGUGGCUUGGUUUGCCUUCACUGUCUGCAUGUCAGCUGGCGUCUCCACCCUGAAUAACUACACAAAGAAGGUCCUGAUGGUGGGAGCCCGACUUAACGCAAGCCUCAAUCCCUUCAACUUUGUGGGACUCCUGCCCCCAGCUCCUUACUACGCUGCGCCAAACUCUGGCAUCGCCCAACCUUAUUCGCAGGCGCGUGCGCAAAUCUCCCAUUUAUCCCCAUACUACGAACAGCCAUCAACCAAGUUACCACCGCCCGGUAAGCCUUCCCGCUCUGUUCCUCUACCUCAUUCCAUGUCCUUCCCUCCUCCAUCUUCCCACCCUAUGUCUCCGUCCCUUUUGCACUGCUUUUCCCUUCCAUCUCCAUCUCACUCAGCCAGCUCACCUGUUGUUGUCCACGGAGUCUUGAAAGAUCACCAAGAGAACGUGGUCCCACAUUACACACCAGAUCAAUACUACAGCCCUCUUUGAACUUUAACAAAGUUUUUUUUUUGUUUUGUUAUUUUGUGCAGUUUAUUUGUCUGUUUAUAGUUCCAAAAAAACUUAGUUUUAUCCAGUCAAUAAAGAUGUCAACAAAGGCAAAAAUUACUUAAAGCAACACUAGGUAACUUUUCAACCGUUAUAAAAUUUUCAUAACAUUUGUGAUAAUAUGUCGACUGCCACACACACAAAAAAUGACAAAUGUGCCGACUGCUUUAUGGUAUACUGUACGUCACUUAGCCCUUUCCCCAUUUAUUACAAAGAUGGAAGUCAAUACGAACGCUUUCGCGCGAAUUCUGCAAAGAUGGCAGAGCAACAAAAGAGACUAAAUGUUUUGUGUGAGGAGGAAGAAAAAGGCUAACAGGAUAUACAGAAUAAACAUUGGCUCGGUUUUCACUCGCUAGCGUGAAACCGCCCACCCACUCUAAUACCCUCAACCGAACUCGUUAGCGCUGACUACUUCAGGUGGGGUGGGGUGUUGAGCCACACGAUUGCUAACCGUCAUACGCUUUUGUGUAGCCACAACUGGAUUAAUUACCUUAUUACUAUUCAUCCUUCACAUAGAGUGGUAUGAAAAAGCAUCUGAACCAUUUGGAAUUUCUCACAUUUCUGCAUAAAAUCACCAUCAAAUGUGAUCUGAUCUUUGUAAAAAUCACACAGAUAUAAAAACAGUGUCUGCUUUAACUAAAACCACCCAAACAUUUAUAGGUUUUCAUAUUUUAAUAAUAGCAUUCAAACAAUGACAGAAGGGGGGAAAAUAUACAAAAUAUUAAAUGUGAUGGUUCACUUACUUAUUUUUCCCACUUCUGUCAUUGUUUGCAAA